AGACCUGAUGAUCUGACCUACAUUUGCCGCUAGAAGACGCGUACAGUAGGUCUGAACGAAACUUUUACCUGCUCAGUGGCAUGUGUCCAUCACAAACUGUCCAUAGUUUAUAUCAACAUGGACAAGGACCCUUCGUAUUUAGCUUUCGGCCUCAUUGCAGCAUCAGCAGCUAAGUUUCUGGUGUCGGCAUGGAUACGAAACAAGAGGCUGGAGAAAUUCGAAAGGAUAGGGACGGUUUCUGAUCUGAUAUAUUAUCCCAUGAAGUCCUGUCAGGGCAUACCAAUGGAAUCGGGCACCCUCCGACCCCUCGGGCUGUAUAAGGAUGGAAUGGCGGAUAGAAAUUGGAUGUUCACUCGUCCUGAUGGCUCAUUCCUGAGUAUCCGCCAGUGUCCAAAGAUGGUGCAUAUCAAAGUCAGCAAUCAUGGUGAAAUGGUCCAUCUUGAUGCCCCCGGGAUGCCAACAUUGAAAUUACCAAAACAGCCGAAGGUUGACACAAAAAGGUUUAUGGAAUGCAGGGUGUGGAGUCUACAUAUACCAGGCAUGGAUUGUGGUGAGGAGGCAAACCAAUGGGCUUGUGAUUUCCUUGGACUAGAAAAUUUACAUGUGGUAUUUUCAGCUACGAAUAUGAAGAAAAAAAAUAUUUCAGAUGAAUGUUUAAAUUCAUGGACUGACCUUAUCCGACCUGAAGACAAGAGCAUCUUUUCUGACUUAACUUCUUAUCUGAUUAUGACUGAUAAAUCUCUCGACGCUCUCAACGAACGUUUAGAAAAACCAGCCUCCAUGCGGAACUUUCGACCAAAUAUUGUGAUAGAUACAACAAAGAAGGCAUUUGAUGAGGACUUGUGGUGUGAGCUCCGGUUUGGGGACAAUGUGUUCAUGAGAUGUCUACAUCCCUGCCCAAGAUGUAUGCUCCCAACAGUUGAUCCGGACACCGGAAAGAAAGAUCCUGACUUAGAACCAUACAAAACACUGAAGAAGUUCCGAUGUAAACCCGGUUGUGGUAUGGACCCUUUCUUUGGGAUAAAUGCUGCUGUAGACUUUCCAGGUGUCAUACAUGUAGGGGACCCUGUGUAUGCCAGGAACUGGACAAAUUGAUCAGUUACAACGAGGACAUUCAGUGAAUCAAUGGAACUUGAAAGUUAGAAAUCAGAACAUUUUUAUAUAACAAUCAACGCACUAGCCCGAGUUUCCUCUGGCCCUGACACCAUGUCUGGUGUAGGAGUAAAUUUGGGCUAUCAACCAACUUAGGCAUAAUAUUAUUGUAUUUAUCCUAAAGUAAGCCCCCCUCCUCUUGUGUGAAAAUCUAGAACCAUAGUUAUCCUAAAAUAAGCCACUUUCAAUAAUGUAAAACUUUAGAUAAGGGGAAGGCCUAUUUGUGAAUCACUUUUAGCUUAUUAUUUCAAAAUUACUGAUUCUGCGAAAAAUUUAUAAAAACAUAUUUGUGGACAGGGGCUUAUUUUUGUAUAAAUUUAAUGAAGCCAGAAAUGUCUAAUGGAUGUGGAUUUUUGUAGAGACAAUUAUAUUUUUUAUUCAGAUGUGAUUAUAAACAGAUGCAGUAAUGUACAUCUAUGUUAACUUUAAUCCAUUUAUUUUUUAUGAGAGUUCUAUGCUUUUAUUUUGUGUUCAGGGUAUAGUAUAAUGCCCAAGUUAUCCAUUAUUAACUUACAUAUCAUAAUGUUUAGAAUACAGUCAUCAUAUCUUCAGUAGACUUCAUGUAGUUUGUUACACAUCAUUAUUACUUAAUAAAACUGUAUACAGGUAUAGUAUCGGGUAUUUGACUCUAACAUUAUGGAAGAGGAGUAUGGGUGCUAAAAAUUAUCAAAAACCAAGAGACUUCAUUACUAAUUCGUGGUGAGUUUUCACAUUAAAGCUCUCUUUUAUUGCUGUCUAACAGAACCACGUUUACUCUGUAAGUCAUAGAUUAUGUUGUAAUUUUGCCCACUCCGUUUUUGUCCUCAUGGCAGCAAACAGUACGUCUCUGAUCGACUUGAGGCUUCUGAUGCGAGGCUUUGAUCGCCACUCUUCAAAGGUCACUUGGUGAUCCAGGCCAGGUUGUGCAUGGGUGUAGGACAUAUUUUCUGUGCCUCUUAUACAUAUAGAGAGUGGAGCACUGCCUCAAAGAUUCCCCGUAAUCAAUCGGUAGUUUCCCAUUGUGAAUUGCAAUUUGGAAAAACUUAGGUAUUGAUUCUCUCAUUAUAUCAUCAUCAGAGAUAGAAAGGCUAUUAGCUUUUUUUUUAUGAAACAUUUAAUCUGUGACUUGAGGUUCUGGUCACAAUAGAUGUCAUUGCCUUUCAUUUGGUAAAAGGUCUUAGCCUGUGACUUUCUUUGCUAGUGUCAGCAAUGUCAUUUAAGAAUGUGUAUUAAUUUGUCUUGAAAGAUUUCCAGUUUCAUCGACUAUAAUUUUACUGGGGAACAUGAAUUACUUUAUAAUAAUUUGUGUCUUUACAACACCGUCAAAUUUUACCGUAGUUGGAAAUUGGGAAUUUUUCUGAUGUCAUCAUUAAAUGCAUUUGUGACUUUUAAAAAUUAUUAUGCAGAUACACAACUAAUAAACAUUAAAGUUUCAAUGAA